UUAUAACAAUAUUUUGAGGUGGACCUUACAUGAUUGUUUGAGGUUGACACCUUAUGCUCACGAAGAAAAUAGUAAAAUAAAAAAUUCCCAAAUUGAUCCAUUGUUCGAUAGGGUUGCAGAAGCAAGGAAGUGAUCAUCGACUUUAACAAUGGCGUUCCUGGAUGAGUUCCUUAACCACAUUGCCUCACUGCCAUCGGAACUGCACUAUAAAUAUGCUCAUAUGCGUGACUUAGAUAAGAAGCUGCAAGUUCUUCAGCGACAAAAUGAACAGCGGUGUGAACAUGAAAUGGAGGAAAUUAGAAGGGGAGCUGAGUCCGGAAACAUCAGACCUGAUACCUCACUUAUUAGGUUCUCAAAUGAGACCCUUGAUGAGCAAAAGCACUGCACCAGUCUUGCUGAUGAAAAGGUUUCUCUGGCUGUUCAAGCUUAUGACAUGGUUGAUACUUACAUCCAACAAUUAGAUAAGUAUAUGAAGAAAUUUGAUGAAGACCUUCGGAGAGCAGAAAGGGAACUUGCUGGUGCUUCUGGAGCAUCCGAGAAUGCUGGGAGCAGUGCAAAAUCUGGUAGGACCAGUGAAAGUAGUAGCAGAGGAGGUCGUAAGAAAUCACGGGUGGCUGCCGAACCACAAAACAUGGACUUGGAUCUACCAGUUGAUCCAAAUGAACCCACAUAUUGUUUCUGCAACCAGGUUUCCUAUGGGGAGAUGAUUGCAUGCGACAAUACAUAUUGCAAGAUAGAGUGGUUCCACUUUGGCUGUGUUGGUCUGAAAGAACAACCCAGAGGGAAGUGGUAUUGCUCAAGCUGUCUUGGACUUCAGAAGCGCCGAAAGGGAAAAUGAUUUGUGCUGACUGAGCCUGAUCAAAAACAAGAUUGGUUAGAUAAGAGGGUGGGAUGAUCGCUGCUGCUACUUUCUCAGCCUUGUUUUGAGCACAAUUUCUGAGAAGCUAUGAAUGCUAUGCGCAUCAACUACCUUCCAAGAGAUGCCUAAGGCCAUUAAAGGAGAUGAUGGCAGCUGCCAUAAACAAGGACAUUGCCAAACUGGUUGAGCUGAAUUUUUUAUGUACGGUACAAUGUAGUGGCCUUAACUUUGUCCAUUUAGUCCUAAUUUCACCAUUUAAA